GGCACUGAGAGAGGAUUAGGAACUUCAGUAGCGGACUGGACUGCAAUCAUGCGCAGUUUACUGCGCCGUCCAACCUGCGUUUAACAAUCUGCUUAAAUUGGCUGCUCUACAGCUCUCGGUAUUACCACAUAUCAUGCUUAUUCCUGCGGAUGCGAAAAGUGAAGGUCCUCAUGCCUACAAGCCAUCUCCUCUCCCAGAGACUCACUCGGAAGCGGCGGCUUCUCCGCCGCCAUACGCUUCCUUAGACUCUUCUUCAUCUUAUCCUCGACCUUUCGUAAUACCAGAUUCUGCCAAGCCCUCCAACUUCGUGUCAUUAUCCAAAACGCACGAUUCAUGCAGAGGGACAUAUGUUAUUGAUCCAUCACUGAACAUUCCCAGCGAAUAUCUUCCACCUUUACCCGAUGGCGAAUCUGAAGAUACACGCAGUAAUUUCUAUGCUCGCUCGGUACAUGGCAAUGUCAGCGCGGACUUGUACCUUCUGGACAAGCCAAUUACCGAACCGAGACAGAAUAUAAUUUUAAAUACAUCGUCCACCCACGGCUCUGUUUCUACUUGUAUCCGGCGAGGCAACAAAAUCGUUCCUUUCAAAUUGAAAUCUUGCUCGAAGAAUGGAAACGUCGCUGUCCGAAUACCUCGUUCAUUCCAGGGCCCGGUCACUGGUACCACGAAGCACGGUCGCAUCUGGCUGUCCGAGGCUGUCUCUGCACAAACUGUAGUUUUCAGUGAAGUGCAGGGUGUAAAACGUCUCUUUAUUGGAGAUAUGAGCACGCGCGACGAUAAACUUGAUGAUGCAAUAAUCAUGGAAACUCAGCAUGGAAAUAUUAGGAUCUAUUAUGAAGACGAGGACUGUACGCCCCCCGUCAUAAAGACUGUUCAAAGUUUUUGGAGUAAAAUUAUUGGAUGAGCGGGAAUGCUUUAUCGUUGUAGUUUUAUCUUUUUCAUGUAUACCAUAUACCUUGUAUAUUUCUUCCAUUUACAGUAAGUUGUUCUAUUCCGCUGAAUUCAAGCCCGGCACUUAAAUCGGCGGCGCGCCCUAAA